AAGACAAAGGUAGUACGUUCUGUCACAUGAUCAAAACAUGGCAGAAGUACAAUGAGCACAUGGAUGGGAUAUUGUUGGUGUGCAACAUUGUGAUGUUUUGAUGUUAUGAGUGGUCAACAAAAACUACAGCAUGCUGAUGACAAUGGAGAACAUAAAUUGCUGCAACAAUUACAAAAGUCUUUCAAAAUUGUCCAGAAGUGUUUGUCAGCCUGGUGUGAAGUCUUGACUGAGAUUAGACCUCAUCUAGUGAUGCUGAACAAUCUGACUGAGCAAUUCACCUCCUGCCAUAGUACAACAAACGCCCAACUGGCAGCUCUCACGUCACAGCUUCCAGAUGUCAAAGAUAAACUACUGCACAAACUGCAACAAGAAGUUGAUGCUAAACUUAUCAUCAUCCAGGAAAAGUUGUGUAUGUUACAUGGAUUGUGUGAAAAGAUAUCGAAGCAGUGCAAAUACUCUGCAGAUCUGUAUAUGAAAAAUUGUGCGAUGCUGGACUUGACUGCUGUAACCACAGCCACUACAACAAGGCCAUCAAUAUCGGACAUGCUGGAGUGGCUUCAGGAUACAGAACAGGUGUUUUUACAGAGGUACUGGGCACGGACGUAUAUCCUGGACCAGUUCAGGUUGGACAACAACACAACACAUCUGUCUGACAAUGUGAUCUGGAAUGGAAAUGAUAAAGACAUCCGGAAACAGUUUCAAGGUAAAUACAGUGGCAACCAAGAAAAGUUACCAUACCUGUCAUUUUUCUUGGAGGAAAAACUUUGAUUGGAAUCAUAACCCUCUCGGAGUGUGUUACUGAACAAUGGUAGACAAAAAUCAAGACUGGAUUUAUGUCCUCCUUAGUACUGAUCAGUGAUCACAGCCAACGCUAUAAGGAACUGAUUCCAGGAAGUCAUGUUACAGGAUAAAUAACUAGUGGCAUUGAUACUGGCCACCAUGUGUUAUGUAUGGAAUGUCAAGGAUGAUGAUCAGCUGCUGAACCCACUAUCAGUAACAAAGUACAGGUGUCUCAUGAUAUGACAUAAUGAGCCAAGGACCUUCCAGUUAAACAGACAAUAUACUGCAGAGGUGCAUGGUAAAAUAUGGUGUAUCUGCAGUAUUGAAGACAUGUAUGGUGAUGAUGAUUAGGAAAGACUUAUAAUAAUCAGACAAGUUGCAUGUUAUUUUUACCUAUUUUCCUUUACCUGGGUAUAUAAUAGCGAAGAGUUUAUUUUAAACACAUCUGUUUUUAUGAGUGACCAGGCCGACAUUGUGGCAAAGAUAAAUAAACGUGUAAGGCA